AUGGAAAAGCAAACGCUGGAAGGAAUUAAUAGUGCUGGUAAGGGAUCUAUUGAAUUGGGGGGAGGGGGGUGUAACGGGGGACUAACUAGGGUUUUGGAAAAGCAGACUAAAGAAUUGAAUCGAUUGGUGGAAGCAAUUGAGGGCACAUCCAAAGGUGCAAAAGGGGGAUUGCAAAUGAGGAAGCAAACGUCGACUCCACAGCUUGAAAAGGAUCUAUUUCUCAGUGGUGGCUGUAAAUGGCUAGUUAAAGGAUGA